CUUCCUGGCCUAGAUAGAGUGAAAUGUUAACUUACUUGUUACAGCAGAAAAGGUAAAAGUAAAUUAGACUUUUUAUAACAGGCAUAAGUGCUUUGAACUAAAAUGAUUUCACUUGUCUCGGUAGUGUCUCAGUGCGAAGGUAAGAAAUUUUUAAAAAGUGUAAACAAAAUUUAAUGUACAUGUGAAUGCAAAACUAACUGUCCAUGUUAAGUAUAUUACAAAAUUUAUCUGGCCUUCUUGAGUAGGUUUCAAAUUUUACCUUUUUGUUCAUUUUUAUAACUAAUAAGUAGUUUUAUUAAGUUUUUUAAAUUAAAACCUAAGAUUAUGUAAGUACAUUAGAAUGGACUAUCUUUAAGAUUUAAGGGAGGUUCCAAAUAUUUUGCAAAGCAUUUGAUGCAAACAUUGUUUUUAAAACUGUUAAAUUUAGGGAAGCCAUUGCAUUUUUAAAAAAAUAGUCUAGCAUGCUUGUGGGUUUUGUUAUCUUAUAGGAAUGUGUAACUUUUUUAGUUGGGUCAAAGUGUGUGUGUAUGUAUGUAUAUGUAUAUAAAACUAAAAAUAUCUUGUUUUCAGAUCCCAGUGACUUGAUGUUAAGAGUUUACAGAGCUGAAUCAUAUGCUGGCCUCCAAGAGUUUAAAACAGCCAUAGAAGACCUAAAUUUUAUCAUCUCUAAAAUGUCAAAUUGGCCAGAGAUUUACUUCAGGAAAGCAAAAGUGCUUCAUGAUGCUGGGUUUGUAGGUGAUGCCUUACAACUGUUCCUACAGUGCUUAUCCCUUGAUGAGGAUUUUGUUCCAGCAAAGCUAGAAGUGGAAAAGACAUUGUGUGAUUUGCUGUCACCAGAAAAUGUGAGAGAGAGUCUGAAGGAAUCUGCUUGGACUUCACCUCAUAUUCGAAAUAAACCUUUUACACUUGGUUCUGAAAUGGAAGAGUCUGGCUGUAAUCUACAGCUUUGUCCAGAGCAGAAUUUAGGAGUGCCAGAGAUAACAGUGGAGUCUUUCAGAGGAAGCCUAAAUCGUGUACAAUCUUCCCAUGCUCUUAACUCAACAGAAAAUCUUGCUAAAGGAGAUGGAUUAAAAAGGGUUUCUUCUGAACCUCUGCUUUCUAGCCAGGAAAAAGGUGCUCUCCUAAAAAGAAAGCUUUCCCUUUCAGAACAGGAUGCAAUCGUGUGUGAAGAUGGAAGAAGCAAACAUAAAAAACCAGGAGAAACUACAAAAAGGGACACUCUACAAACCAGUGAAAAUGCAACAGUUCCACAGCACUUAAUUGAUGUGGCAGAUUUUGAGUGCUCUCUGUGUAUGAGGUUAUUUUUUGAGCCGGUGACAACCCCUUGUGGACAUACCUUCUGCAAGAAUUGUUUAGAACGCUGUUUAGACCAUGCCCCACAGUGUCCCCUAUGUAAAGAGAGCUUAAAAGAGUAUUUGGCAAUUAGGAAAUACAGUGUCACAGUACUACUGGAAGAAUUAGUGGUGAAAUAUCUGGCUGAUGAAUUAUCUGAGAGAAAAAGAAUUCAUGAUGAAGAAACUGCUGAACACUCAGACUUGACCAAGAAUGUUCCUGUGUUUGUUUGCACUAUGGCAUACCCCACUGUGCCUUGCCCUCUUCAUGUGUUUGAGCCAAGAUACCGAUUGAUGAUUCGCAGAAGUAUGGAAACUGGGACUAAACAAUUUGGGAUGUGUAUCAGUGACCCUCAAAACAAUUUUGCAGAUUAUGGUUGUAUGCUGCAAAUUAGGAAUAUUCAUUUCCUACCUGAUGGGAGGUCUGUUGUUGACACAGUUGGUGGAAAGAGAUUUAGAGUUUUACGAAGAGGGAUGAAAGAUGGCUAUUGUACUGCAGACAUCGAAUAUUUGGAAGAUAUUAAGGUUGCAGAUAAAGAAGAGCUGAAGAAUCUGAGAGCGCUUCAUGACGUGGUAUACAAUCAGGCUUGUGGCUGGUUCCAAAGCUUGAGAAACAAAUUUCGCAGCCAGAUCCUUCAGCACUUUGGGCCAAUGCCAGAGAGAGAGGAAAACCUACAGGCAACACCUAAUGGACCGGCUUGGUGUUGGUGGCUUCUAGCUGUCCUCCCUGUAGACCCCAGGUAUCAGAUCUCGGUUCUCUCAAUGAUGUCUUUGAAAGAACGUCUAAUCAAAAUCCAACAUAUACUCACAUAUUUUUCUAGAGACCAGUCCAAGUGACUAACCGCCUGGAUCUUCCUGAAGAGUUACUCUUUUCUGGUUGUAAUCACAGCUGGAGUUUUUGCUGCUUUUGCACGUCUAGUGCUGGUUUGAAAAGUGUGAUGAAACUGCUUCCUCCCCCCCGCCAACUUCCUGAACCAUCUGGUUCUUCAAAUGGGCACUGUCUUCAACUAGAAGGAUAGACCACUAAAGUUGCGCACGCAAAAAUCAAUCCAGCCACAGAACAUGGAAAAACUCUACGUGAUUUGCACUAUGUAUGAGACAGUCAUGCUAAGACUUGAGAAUUUAUUGCCACUGACUUUUUAAAGCUGUGGGAAAUGCAAGACUUAAGGCUGACAGUCCAAGUUUACAGCAUUAAGAAUGCAUUUUUUUUGCAAAUAAGAGCUUGCCUCAGAUACAACUGUCCUGUUGCUAUUUGCACAAAUAUUUGAAAUAUAGUAUUGAAUGUUGCUGUUGGAAAUUACUGCUCUUGCUGAACUGUCUUGACUAUGGCACAGAUUCUUAUAAAUAUUUGCAUCAUAGAACAAGUGACCUGAAUUAUGAUGAAAUUAGAGCUGGUUUUAAGGAACAACUGCAAAAAAAAAAAAAAAAAAAAAAAAAAUGAACAUGGUACUUCUGUCAAAGUUAAUUAAACUGUGAAUAUGGCGUCUGUACCUAUAACUGUACAUGUUUAAAGGGAAAAUUGAAAACAAACAUUUAAUACCAGUUACAAUUUUAUUGGGCUUUUCAGACUGGUGGUCCUUCUGAGCACUUAAGUAGUUUAUGGAGCUUAUAAC